AACACUUGCGCCGGAGAGGACUCAGUUGGCGUUCGCAAAUUUGGCGUUUGAUAUAAAAGUGAUUGCUGGUAUCUCUAUUAAAAACAGUCGGCAUUAAGUACUUGAAUACACUACGUUUGGGCACCAACAAAAAGCGAAAUUUAAGCGAACAGCGUACAAAAGCAAUAAACCAAGCAGGAAAAGCCUUUAAAGGACUUCAUUAGAAACUUGCAUUUUAUAUUUGCAUAUCCGAAUUGCUGUGCAAAAUGUUGUCUCUUGGAUAUUCGACAUUCCUUCAUUUGCUGUUGGCGGCUGCACUGCUGAGUGGCGUCACACAGGCGCGACAGCUACGUAAUAACCGUUUUUCGGCACGUCUCGAGCAGCAGUCUGAUAGCACUGAUGGCGAGGUGGCUGUGGUGGAGGAGGUGUAUCCAACUCCGUAUCCUGCCGCCGGUUAUAGACCAGGGCGCGCAUUCAAUUUGCCCGGCGAAGACGAAGGCGUUGCGGAUGAUGAACAAACGGAAGGCUCCGGAGUAGCUGACACCACAACCGAACUGCCAGCGGACGUGUACACCACCACAGUGGAGACUGUUGAGGUUGAUACCACAACCCCAUACAACUGGGUUCCCGCUGAGCUGGUAAAUGAUGACGCCGCCAAACAAGGGCGCGCAGCUAAGGCACCCUACCCACCGUCUGGUUGGCGCCCAAGCCGCGCCUUCCUACUGCCCACUGAAAUAAAAGCUGCUGAAGAAGCGGAGGCAGCUGCACGAGAAGCAGAAGCCGCUGCUCAAGAAGCUGAGGCUGCUGCUCAAGAAGCUGAGGCUGCUGCAGCUGAAGGACCUGCUGUUCCAAAUGAUAAGGAUAUUGUAGAUGCGUUCGAAACCAGCACUGCAACACCACUUGCGCCCUUCACCACUGAGCAGCCCACAGCUGAAACAGCAACUGAAGUUGACGCCGUAGACGCUGUUGUUGUUGUAGAGGAGACUGCACCGACUGCUGUCCAACCGUCAGCAGACAAAGUGCCGCAAGCACCAUAUCCACCAUCAGGUUGGCGUCCAAGCCGCGCUUUCCUGUUGCCCACUGAGAUCGAAUCGGCCAAUCAAGACUCAACCAUUUCAGUGAAUGAACCUGAGGAGCCGGUGUCGCCGGCCGACAAGGCUGGUCAUCCUGCCUGUGGUGUAAGCGAUAAUCCAGUAGCACCAAAACCGGAGGAAGGCGCCAAGGAGAAUCCGGAUGCGGAACGUGUUUUUGUCACAGCCAAUUUGGGUCCGGCAGUCGUAAAGUCGCCGCUAACACUGCCCAUACUGCUGCGCUCUCAACGCCUAAUCACACCGCCCAUUUACGUGCCCGCCGGUCGCUCCUUCGCCUACUCCGCCAGCGUGCAGAGCUGGCGCUAAGGAGCGCAAAUACUUGUGUAGCAUGCAAAGAAAACGUGUUUGUGGAAAGCAUAUGAAAUUCUUAAUUUUAAGGCUGAUCGUUUUUUUAUAUAUAUAGAUAUUAUUUGUUUUUACAUCAUUUUAUAGAAAAUAAAAGAAAAAUACAAAAAUAAUUAAAAUACAAA